UUUGGCGGCACUGACAAUCCUUCCCCCACUAUAACUCAUUCAAUUUCAAACGCACAAGCAAAAACACUCAUCUUUCUCUGAAAUUAUUGAGCUUUAACAGAAAUGGAGGAAGAGGGUAUAGGGCUAGUUCUGACGAAAGCCACAGACCUGAGAAUGAAGAUCAGCAACUGCAUCCACAAGGCCAAUGACCCAUCACCCAAAAAGGAAAAUGGUGAUUCGGGUGAUGAAGAUGGUGAUGGUGAAGAAGAAGAUGAAGAGUCACAGAGGCUUUUCAACAUUUGCGAUGCCCUUGAAGCCCUUGAGAAUCAGCUCUCUAACUUACAGACUUUGCAACAACAGCAAAGGUAUGAAAGAGAAGUCUCACUUGCUGAGAUUGAAAGCAGCCGCAAGAUGCUACUGGAAAAGAUUAGAGAGUACAAAGGGAAAGAUUUGGAAGUGAUACAUGAGGCCUCUGCCUUUGCUGGUGAAACAGUGGAUCACAGUAAUGAUCUCUUGCUUCCUCCAUAUCCAAGCCGCUCUCCAAACACGUUUGUUAAUGGCUAUUUGCCACCUACACAUAAGCCUCUACGAAAUGGGGUCAUCACCAAUGAUGCAACAAAUGGAGCAAAGGAGAAUUUGAGUGAUACAGAGAGAUCAAAAAACUCAGUAGGGUUGGGAUCUUUCCUGAGCACAGCAGCCAAGACAGUGCUUACUGUUGUCGGUGUGGUAUCUGUACUUAGCCUGUCCGGUUUUGGGCCUAAAAUUGUGAGAAGUAAUACUGCUUUCAAUAUAUUAGGCUGUUUUAAGCAACCGCCAAAUGAAGAAAAGAGAUCAACUGUUGAAUGCCCCCCUGGGAGAGUCCUUGUUCAGGAAGGUAGGAAGGCUCGAUGUGUUGUGAAAGAAAGAGUUGAAGUUCCUUUCUCGUCAGUUGUUGCGAGACCUGAUGUAAACUAUGGCUGCGAAAAUAUAACCAUGGAAGGCAAAGGUUUCACAGAAGAGCAGGAAGCACUGGUGGUGAAGUCAUGGGCAGCAAUGAAGAAGAAUUCUGCAGAAUUGGGUCUUCAAUUCUUCUUGAAGGUCUUUGAAAUUGCACCAUCAGCUCAGAAGCUGUUUUCAUUCUUGAAGGAUUCUGAUAUUCCUCUGGAGAAGAACCCCAAGCUCAAGACUCAUGCCAUGUCUGUCUUUGUUAUGACUUGUGAAUCGGCGGUUCAACUCCGUAAAGCAGGCAAAGUAACAGUGAGGGACUCAACCUUGAAAAGGUUAGGCGGGGUGCAUUUCAAGUCCGGAGUAGUGGAUGAACACUAUGAGGUGGUUAAGUUUGCAUUGUUGGAAAUAAUAAAAGAAGCAGUACCAGAAAUGUGGUCACCAGAGAUGAAGAGUGCAUGGGGAGAAGCUUAUGAUCAGUUGGUUGCUGCUAUCAAAUUGGAGAUGAAGCCCUCUGCUUAGACUAAUAGACUCUGAAUCUCUGUUCUUCUACAAUUUAAUAAAAUUGUUUCUUUUCAAAAUUUAAUAAGAUGAAGACAGAGUAAUGUAAAGAUGUACCACUUUUUAUAGCAACUGCUGCUUAUUUUAAGUUC